UUUCGCUUCAUCUUCACUCAAUACAUAAUGUCACCGAAAUUUAAAUCACUCUCCAUGGCCUCCUCUACUACUUCUAUAUCUCCACGUGCGUCUUUACCAAUACUUAAUACAAGAAGACGUAUGACUCAUCGACAGCAACAACGAUCCUUACUAUCCGACCCUGAAUCCAACAAUCUGACCCUUUCACCUGUAUUUCAAGUGACCAAUAAUAUUAAUGAAGAAAAACAACUUGGUCCUCAAAUUCCUAUUGCACCUCCAUCAAAAGAAUCAUCAACCGUCCCUCAUAGAGCUUCAUCACCGGCCACUUUGAUCAACAACCGACAAAACACUCCUGAAUGUUUAAAAGGGGUGGUUGCAUGUCUCGAUAUUCGAACCGAAGAUGGUGACGACGUCUCUGAAAACUUUGAAAAUGCACUGAAAUCAAUGGGAGCAAAGACUAGGAAAACAUUUGCAGAUUCUGUCACGCAUUUGGUUUACAAAAAUGGAUCAGCAAUUAAUGUAAAGAAGGCCCUUCAGAAAGACUGCAAGAUUGUCAAUUUAUUAUGGAUCACCAAUUGCAAAAGCGAAGGAAAACGACUUCCUGAAGAUAAAUACCUCAUCAAACAACCGGAAAACUUACUUUUGGCUGGUUCUAAACGACGGAAAUCUAUGGAACCUGGUAGAGUGAAAGCGUUAGUACUAGAUGAAUCUUCUUUACCACUACAAGAUGAACAUAUAUCUGAUAAACGACACAAUGAAUCCCAAGACAACAACACUUUAUCAAAACGACUCAAAUCUCCCAACGUACGACCAAGAUUAUCCAAUCCUCAUCGAAGGAAAACAGUAUCCCACUGGGAAACAUCAGCCAUCAUUCCAAGGGAGGCAACAUCGAGCCAUACUGGUACAUCAAACAGACCUGAUUUAUCUCUCGAAUUAGGUGACCUGGAUUUGAACUUUGUUGAUAUGGAUGAUUCUUCAUCGACAUCAAUACAAUUAGGACGCAUGAACGAGGAUACCAAGGAUACCAAGGAAAAUCAUGGCAGACCCUCCUUACCAGCAUCAUUUUCCAGAUCUAUGCGACGACUCAGUUUCAAGGACGAACAUACCACUACCAAUACAACACCGACACAUGUAUCACAAAAACCUCAAGUGAACAGUAAUAUCAAGGCUGGAUUUUACAUUGGAAAACCUUCACCCACUUCAACAACAACCGCUACUCUAAUACCAUCAUCACCACCAUCAUCAUCGAUCACAUCUAAUCUUUCCAGUAAUUCACCGAUCAUUAGAAGGCGACGUCGUUCGCUUUCUAAUCGUUUUGUACCAACCACACUUUCUGCCAGCACUAGCUCUAGUACCACUUAUACAACUGAUAAUACCGAUUCUAUUACUCCUGAUGUAUCUCAAUCCUCGCCGUCAUCUUCAUCGCCAUCACGCUUAUCUUUAUCCAAAUCAUCUGUCAAACAACAACAACCCACCAUUGUCAUGACUAGUAUGACAGAACAAAUGAAAUCACAAUGCAGCAAAAUCAUCAAACGAUUAGGGAAAUAUGAAUUAUCUUCCUCCGUGGAUGAAAGGACAACACAUGUUAUCGUGGGUUGUCAAAGAAGAACAGAAUCAGUCAUUUUUGGAUUAUUAUAUCGCGUCUGGUUAGUGACUCCUGAUUGGAUUUUGGACAGCAACAAAUCAAAAGAAUACGUUGAUGAAACCGAUUAUGAAGCCAUUCUAUACUUUCCACGAGCAAGAGCAGCACGACGACAUGAUCCUUUGUUACCAUCCAAUGUCAGUAUAUACAUCGCAUGCACUGGUAUACCCGUCGAAAUGAUCAAACGAUUUAUUACCAAAGCUGGUGGUCAUGUAGCUAGUCGUUUACAAGAUGCUGAUAUCAUUAUAAGCAAUAAGGCAAUGGAAUCAAAUGGGAUUAUUGUAACGGAGAAUUGGUUAUUGGAUUCCAUUGAACAUUGGCGAUAUCUUCCAGCAAACAAAUAUAGUCCUGUUUCUUCUUAGUAUAGUAAGUAUAGUUCCUUUUUGACAUUUAUUGUAGUUGUAUAUUAGACAUUUUCCUGCAUUUUUUUUUUUUAUAUAUCAUCGUCAUUCCCUAUUGUUUGCUCUCUUUACGUAUCCAACAAAAAGAACAAAGUAAAUACAUGGAUGUCUCUCUUUUUUGAUUUUUUUUUCCUUUUUUUUUUUUUU